AUGACACCAUCUCAACUGAACGCAUCACUCACCUUUGCGCGAGGUGCGGUGCAUGCAUCGCUGUCACGUGCUGCUGUCGACUGGAUGGUGAACACCAUAGAUCUCACCAAAACAUUUGAACAGCUUGAUCGUAACGUACUUGGCGUUGAUGAGGUUCUCAUUCCAACGCUGCAAGUGAGUGAUGGUCUCAAUAUGCCUGGAAGAUUCACUGCGCAUUGCGUGAAAAAUGGAAGCGUGAUUGGUUUUAUAACAAGGUCAGUAUAUCUGUUGAGGACAUGCUGGAGGUUUGAUCAACAUUUCAAUGUAUGA